UCUGUUGCAGCCUGGGUGGGAUCGCUUGCGUUUGGUAUAAUGUUUUUCAUGGGACCGCUGGCCACCGCCCUGUGCGAUAACAUGGGAUGCCGGGUAGUCACGUGCGUUGGAGGUCUUCUCUCAUUUGUUGGACUCUUCACUACGUCAUACGUUACAAAUUUCGUUUUGCUGUAUUUCACCUAUGGCCUACUCUGGGGAGUGGGAACAAGUUUUUGUUAUUUCGCUUCUUUAGUCAUUUUACCCAUGCAUUUUAGAAAAUAUUUAUCAUUAGCUUACGGAAUCGCCAUUGCUGGAGCUGGACUGGGCGUUCCGCCGAUGACGUGGUUAAUUAAUCAACUUAUCGGAUAUUACAACUGGAGAGUGACAAUACGAAUUCUUGCGGGAAUCACGCUGCUCAUGUGUGCUGCAAGUCUGAGCUACGGUCAAAUUACUAUAUCGCGGAGGCUUUAUCUUAAACUAGACAAGAAAGAAUUAAUUAGAAAUUUACAUGGUGGUAUUCAUCACAAGCUUAAGUUACAUUUAUUGGAAUUUAUUACUUUAAACCCCUGGAACAACAAGGCGUUUGCGGUUUGGGCAGUUUCUUUGAGUUUUAUCGCGUUUGGAAACUUCAUACCGUUCGUCUUUUUGGUAAGUACAAAUUUCUUGUUUCGGUUCAUGGCAAAUGUUCCGAUAAAAGCGGUUGUUUACCAUUUACCAAACUUUUCCGCAAAAUCCGGUUGGGAAGUAAAUGGAACGCAACUUUUUAAUGGUUUCAGAGGAAAAUUUCCGGGAGCAACUGAACAUCGAAAAAGGUAGUGCUGUUUUUCCGGACGGAAUGUUCCAAACGAAAAUUUGUGUUCCAUUUCAAGCCAUUAUUGUUACCAGUUUCAGGCCUUGUUGGCUGUUUUAUAAAUGUAACUAAUUUGUACAAAUGGCUAAGGCGAUUCCGACACGAUAUUUACCAGUCUUGAAUCUUGCUAACCAUUUUCCCAGACCGUGAAUCGAGCGGUUUACCCAUGUAAAUGGUAAACAACCAGCCUCACGUUCAGUUGCAUACAGGUUGUUCGUUUUACUUUUUCUGUUGGCUAAUUAAGUUCUUUUUGAAGUCACUUUUUUUGUUCUCUCUCGCUUUCUUCAAACUGGUGUGACAUCCUCAAUACAGUAGGUAGUCACUUGUGUGAUUUCUUUCUUCGCGCAAUGGCGACACAACACACGGUCCUUCGGCGGGGCGGUGCUUCGUCUUUUUCGAGAAGCGCGGGAAAACGGGUGGAACUAGGUUCUGUUUAGAUCAUGUUCUCAUUGGUCGAGAAAGUGGCACGCGAUCUUUAAUCCAAUCACAGAAGUUACGAUACAAAAUGAAAGAAAUCACAAAGGUGCGAGUGGAAUCAAAUAAAUUACAAUAGAAAUACAUUAGUCUAACACACAACUCCUUCGCAAACAUUACAAAGUUAGAACAUGGCAAUCGGUAACUGCGUGCUUUCACACUUGUGUUUGAAUUUUUCACUUUCAUUAAGACACCUAGCAAAUGCAAUUACUGCAAGCGCAAGCCAGGAGAAAGAGGGGUGUAACCGAGAGCCAUAAUGUGGCGGUAUAACCCCUUUCGGAUGUUGCCCUAAGACUCUUCAUUAAAGCGAGGCCUAGUGCAUAACUUUCAAUAAUGAAAAUGAGUUUAUUUGCGCGUGAACGAAAUCUUAUUUUCAUAUGAAAAGAUAAGCGCCGGGACUCGCUUUGAUGGACUGGUGUUGUACACUGAGUAUUAACAUUUCUUGUGUCCCUUUUGCGUUAACUUUUUUUCUUGUCUCACGGUCAAGACAGAACUAGAGAAGUGCGGCGGUUACAGCAAAACCUGUACUAGGGGGAGAGUCCGCUUAAUUAUUCAUACCCGUCUUACAUAAAAGAUAUGGAAGAAAAUCUUGGAACCUACCCGACUGCUUUCAGAGUGUUGGCUUAAUAAGGUUCCUAGUUUCUUUUAGCGCUAGGGUGUAACCGUUGUGAAGGUGAAAGUUGUUCUUGUGUUUCAACAGAUCAGCAUAGCAAAUGAUAUAGGUAUUCCAAGUUCCAAGAGUGCAUUACUCAUUGGUUUCCAGGCUAUCACGCAAACAGCUUCCCGGAUAGUGUUCGGGAGACUGGGAAGCAGUCCGCGAAUAGACAGAGUCACGUCAGUUCAAAUCAUUGGCCUUGUGCUGGCUAUUAAUGCCACUCUCUUUCCAUUAGCAAGGACUUACUCAUCUUUGGUGGUGUAUGUUGUUGUGUUUGGCUUGUUUGAUGGAUGUCUAGCCGUCAUGUUCGGGAUGGGAACAUUGUAUAUUGUUGGAGAGAAACUGGUAGGUCGGGCCUUUGGAAACCUUUGCUUUGCGGCCGCAAUCGGAAACUUACUUGGUCCUCCUGUGGCAGGUUGGUAUAGUGUUUUAAAAUUCAUUGUCUAAAUUUACUCGACAACCUGUGAGCAUAGCCACUUUUUCUCAAGAAACACAACAACUUGCAUGUCUCGCCAUAAUUCAAGGUGGCUACUCGACUUGUACCCCCAGACAAUCCCAGAAAUGAGCGCGUGCUUAGUUUGGGUCCCAGGCUAUAACUCUUUUCCGAAGUGAGCUAUAAGGACGUGCAAUCGGCAUUAUUGGCCUCAUGUAAGGGGAUCCAAGACAGCUGUGGAUUCUGGAUUCCACGCCAUGAAUUCCGGAUUCCGGAUUCUCUGUCAGUGAAACUUGGAUCCCGAAUUCCUAGAGCUGUUUUCCAGAUUCCAAAGCCCAGGAUUCCGGAUUCCAAUUAUAACAAAAUGACCAGACAACCGUGACGCAGCCCCUGUCCAGUUGUACGAAGUGGACUAUGUGGAAUGACAACGAGAACGAGAUUUUCUUAAUACUGAGUAUUGCUCACACGUGAACCAGCGUCAUUUUGGGGGGAAAACGUGAUAGCCGUCGUUAUUCUACUACGAGUUUUAACGAGAAUGUCGUAGUUGCGGGAACAAGUUGUCAAAUGUUAGAAGUUUUAGCAUUUUGCCAUCGGGAGAGGUCUUAACCUCCUUCAAUAACCGGAUAACAGUGCUAACUUUUCUGGUUGAAAAAAAGUACAAUGAAGAAUUCCGGACUGUUAUCGAUUUUUAGUCAAUAUUUAAUCAGUUUAUGUUAAAGCGGCCUAAAGAUAAUCAGUAAGUAUUAGCAUUAGUGUGAUCUAAAAAUCUCAAAUCAAAAAUUUAAGUCUUAAACUAUGUCGGGACUUGUAACAUAAAAUUUCUCUUUUCUUCUCUUCAUUGCAGGAUUUAUCUUCGACAAAUUCGGAAAAUAUGAUAUCGCAUUCUUUCUUUGUGGAGCAAUUAUGACUUUCGGAGUGUGUUUGCUGUUUUUUGUUCCAUGGUUAAUGCAAAGAAAACCCGAAUCGUGUAGCGAAGAAAGCGUAAUGAUUCUAAACGAUCGAGAACACAUCAAGAGAUCCACUAGUUACGGGAAAACGCCGAGGAUGAUUUUCAGUUACCCCACUGAGGCCGCAUUUUUUUCCAGUAGAAAUCACCAUGACAGUGUAUUACAGCACAGCGUCUCCAUGGCAGUGCUGAGACAAAGUGACACGCCACCUUUAAUGAUGUCUGCAAUGUAUCGCGCAUGGUCAGCCGCUGCCCAGUUGCAUUGUACGGACUCGCUAAAUGGCUCGUCCGGAUAUGAGAGCGACUACAAUAGGGACACGACAUCGUCGCAAUCGAGUGAAGUGGUCGACAAAACAAUGGAAAGCAAGUUUGGUUCUGUGACUAUAAUAACACCAGCUAUGAGCUUUGAUGAUCUAGAGGUCGUUGUGCAAAAUGAAAGACUUAUGAAAGGAGUCUGGAAAGCUGGUUCUAUAGACAUGUUCAGUGUAUUGUUUGAAACUUCGCUAGAAAAUGAAGUUGUCAGUCCUCAAAAGUCAGGAAUUGAGAAUGGUAACCAUAAGAAAGAAUCAUUGACUGUUAGCAACACAAGAACAACAACAAAUGGCGUUAGUCUUUUGUGGGGGGAAUACAUUUUAACCAAUUUUGACUCUUGCCGAGAAACAACUAUAUAA